AUGGUCAACCGCAUGGAUAGCGAGCUCACCCUUCCAGUGCCGGCUCAGAUGCUGGGGCUCUGCCCUGCCCUCUCAGGGCUUAGGGGAAAGGCCCCUGGCUGGGCUGAGGAGCGAGGGGCUGCUGGGAAGUCCUGGGUGCCCUACCUGCCCAGGGCCAGCAGCAGGCCAGGGCUGGACACUCUGCAGGGUGUCUGGGUGCAGAAGACAGUGAACAACAACGGGAUCAUCUCCUUCCUCAAGGAGGUCUCCCAGUUCACCCCGGCGGCCUUCCCCAUCGCCAAGGACCGCUGUGUGGUGGCAGCCUUCUGGGCAGACGUGGACAACCGGCGUGCAGGUGACGUGUACUACCGGGAGGCCACCGAUCCAGCCACGCUGCACAGAGCCACAGGGGACGUCAGGCGCUACUUCCCUGAACUCCUGGACUUCUCUGCCACCUGGGCUUUCGUUGCCACCUGGUACCGGGUGACCUUCUUCGGAGGCAGCGCCUCUUCCCCCGUCAACACAUUCCAGAUCGUCCUCAUCACAGACGGCAAGCUCUCCUUCACCAUCUUCAACUACGAGUCUAUCACCUGGACCACUGGCACACACGCCAGCAGCGGGGGCGACGCCGCCGGCCUGGGGGGCAUCGCGGCCCAGGCUGGCUUCAACGCGGGCGACGGGCGGCGCUACUUCAGCAUCCCCGGCUCGCGCACGGCGGACGUGGCCGACGUGGAGACCACCACCAACGUGGGCGUACCCGGGCGCUGGGUGUUCAGAAUCGAUGAUGCCCAGGUGCGCGUGGGGGGCUGCGGCCAUACAACCUCCGUGUGCCUCACCCUGCGCCCCUGCCUCAAUGGUGGCGAGUGCAUCGACGACUGUGUCACAGGCAACCCCUCCUACACCUGCUCCUGCCUCUCGGGCUUCACAGGGCGGCACUGCCAGCUGGACGUGGAUGAGUGCGCAUCCCAUCCGUGCCAGAAUGGCGGGUCCUGCACACAUGGAGUCAACAGCUUCACCUGCCAGUGCCCAGCCGGCUUUGGGGGCCCCACCUGUGAGACAGCACAGUCCCCCUGUGACACCAAAGCAUGUCAGAACGGCGGCCAGUGUCAGGUGGAGGGCAGGACGGCGGUGUGUGUCUGCCAGGCUGGGUACACGGGGGCAGCCUGCGAAGCCGAUGUGGAUGACUGCAGCUCUGGCCCGUGCCUGAAUGGCGGCUCGUGUGUCGACCUGGUGGGGAAUUACACCUGCAUGUGUGCAGGGCCCUUUGAGGGUCCUCGCUGCGAGACAGGAAUCCACCCGGAGCCGGAUGCCUGUCUCUCGGCCCCCUGCCAGAAUGGGGGCACCUGUGUGGACGCUGACCAGGGCUACGUGUGCGAGUGCCCUGGGGGCUUCGUGGGCCUCGACUGCGGGGAGAGACUCUCCGAUGACUGUGAAUGCCGCAACGGAGGCAGGUGCCUGGGUGCCAACACUACCCUCUGCCAGUGCCCCCCGGGCUUCUUCGGGCUGCUCUGCGAGCUUGAAGUCACGGCCACGCCCUGCAACAUGAACACCCAGUGCCCCGACGGGGGCUACUGCAUGGAGUACGGCGGGACCUACCUCUGCGUCUGCCACACGGACCACAAUGCCAGCCACUCCCUGCCAUCGCCCUGUGACUCGGACCCCUGCUUCAACGGAGGCUCCUGUGACGCCCACGAGGACUCCUACACGUGCGAGUGCCCGCGCGGCUUCUACGGCAAACACUGCGAGAAAGUCAGACCCCGCCUGUGCAGCUCGGGGCCCUGCCGGAACGGGGGCACGUGCAAGGAGGCGGGCGGCGAGUACCACUGCAGCUGUCCCUACCGCUUCACCGGGAGGCACUGCGAGAUCGGAAAGCCGGAUUCGUGCGCCUCGGGCCCUUGCCACAACGGCGGCACCUGCUUCCACUACAUCGGCAAGUACAAGUGCGAAUGCCCGCCGGGCUUCUCCGGCCGCCACUGCGAGACGGCCCCCUCCCCCUGCUUCCGGAGCCCGUGUUGGAACGGGGCCACUUGCGAGGACCUGGGCACGGACUUCUCCUGCCGCUGCCGACCAGGGUUCACAGGACGCCGGUGCCAGGCAGAGGUGGACUGUGGGCCGCCCGAGGAGGUGGAGCAUGCCACACUGCGCUUCAACGGCACCCGGCCAGGUGCGGUGGCCCUGUACUCAUGCAACCGUGGCUACAGCCUGAGUGUCGCCAACCACGCCCGCGUCUGCCAGCCAGAGGGGGUCUGGAGCGAGCCUCCCCGGUGCCACGAAGUCGACGAGUGCCAGUCUCAGCCUUGCCUGCACGGGGGCUCCUGCCAGGACGGCGUCUCCGGCUAUCUGUGCCUCUGCAGCACAGGGUACGAAGGCGUCCACUGUGAGCAGGACACCGAUGAGUGUGCUGCGCGGCCCUGUCAGAACGGGGGCUCCUGCAGGGACUUCCCGGGGGCCUUUCUCUGCCAGUGCCCCGCAGGGUUCAUCGGGGUGCGCUGUGAGACAGAGGUGGACGCCUGCGACUCCAGCCCCUGUCAGCACGGGGGCGUGUGUGAGAACGACAGUGGGGCCUACCUGUGCGUCUGCCCCGAGGGCUUCUUUGGCUACCACUGCGAGACAGUGAGUGACCCCUGCUUCUCCAGCCCCUGCGGAAGCCAUGGUUACUGCCUAGCCAGCAAUGGGUCCCACAGCUGCACCUGCAAAGUGGGCUACACGGGCAAGGACUGUGCCAAAGAGCUCCUCCCGCCCACGGGCCUCAAGGUGGAGCGCGUGGAGGAGAGCGGGCUGUCCAUCUCCUGGCUCCCGCCCGAGGGCCCGGCAGCCCAGCAGAUGCUGGAUGGCUACGCGGUCACCUACACCUCGACGGAUGGCGCUUUCCGCCGCACAGACUUCGUGGACCGUGGCCGCUCAGCCCACCAGCUGCGGGCCCUGGCGGCCGGCCGGGCCUACAGCAUCUCUGUGUUCUCGGUCAAGCGCAACGCCAACAACAAGAACGACAUCAGCCGGCCUGUGAUGGCGCUCAUCCGCACGCGCCCCCGUCCUGUUGAGGGCUUUGAGGUCACCAACGUGACAGCCAGCACCAUCUCAGUGCGCUGGGCUCUGCACCGGAUCCGCCAUGCCACAGUCAGCAAAGUCCGCGUGUCCAUCCACCAUCCCGAGGCUGGUGGGGACCAGUUCACCGACCUGGACAGGAGUGUGGACAAGUUCAUAUUCGGGGCCCUGCAGCCAGGAAAGAAGUACACCAUCCAAGCUGUCACCCUCAGCGGGCUCGGGCCGGGGGAGCACCCCACCGAGAGUCUGGCCACCACCCCGCUACACGUGUGGACCCGGCCCCUGCCUCCAGCAAACCUGACAGCGGCCAGGGUCACAGCCACCUCUGCCCACAUGGUCUGGGACGCCCCCUCCCCGGGGACCACGCUGGAGGCCUAUGUCAUCAACAUGACCACCAGCCAGAGCACCAAGAGCCGCUACAUCCCCAACGGGAAGCUGGCAGCCUACACGGUUCGGGACCUCACACCUGGACGGCGGUACCAGCUCUCGGUGACAGCUGUGCAGAGUACGGAGGCGGGCCAGAUGCACAGCGAGCCCGCCCACCUCUACAUCAUCACCUCCCAGAGGGACAGCAACGACAGACGCUGGCACCAGGCCGGGCACCCCCGAGGGCUCAGAAACAGACCCCUCACAGCGGGCCUGCCAGAGCUGCACCUGCUUAGCGACCGAGGUGCUCCCGAGACACCGACCCAGCCCCCCAGGUUCUCCGAGCUGGUGGACGGCCGAGGACGCGUGAGUGCCAGGUUCAGCAGCCUGCUCAGCAAGUCAGUCACUGUGAGAGCGCAACCCACAGCCCCGGCGCAGCUCAAGAACCCAGAGGAGGCCCCCGAGCCUACCAGCCCGGCCCUGCAGCUGUCCAAGCGCCGCGACAAGGGGCGUGAGUAUGGUUCCAGGAACUGCUCAGAAAACCCCUGUCAGAACGGGGGCACCUGCGUGCCCGGCGCCAACACCCACAGCUGUGCCUGCAGCCCGGGCUUCAAAGGCCGGCGCUGCGAGCUCGCCUGUACGAAGGUGCCCCAACCCUGCACGCGCCUGUUCUCCGAGACCAAGUCCGUUCCAGUCUGGGAAGGAGGCGUCUGCCACCACAUGUAUAAAAGAGUUUACAAAGUUCACCAAGACGUCUGCUUCAAAGAGAGCUGUGAAAGCACCAGCACCAAGAAGACCCCAAACAGGAAACAAAGUGCCAGUCAAACACUGACGAAAGCGUAAGGUACGUUUGCCCGGGAGCCAGCAGCAGAGCUGCUGAAGUCUGAGAGGUGUCCACCCAGCCCUCUUAGAAGGCACCGCGCAGGGAGGCUCAGUGUGCCAUCAGCCUACAGCCUCCCUGCCAGUUCCCAAAGGAUGGGUGGGAA